AUGGCAACUCUGGCCUAUUGCCAUAGCAACCAAACACUAACGACCCCCAACGUAAACAUAACAAUGCGAAAAUUGGCAAGUGUUUCCACAGCUAGUGUUUUGUCAACAGUGUUUUUGUUACUUUCUGCAAACUUAAUCCCACUUCUCAUGGCUUCAGCCUCAGAGCAAUUAAUAGCAGUGGAUUUCGAGGUGUAUGGAAAAGUGCAAGGGGUGUUCUUCAGAAAGUACACAGCAGCUGAGGCCGGCAAGUUGGGCUUAGGAGGAUGGUGCAGGAAUACGCAACAUGACACUGUCCAGGGGGUAAUUGAGGGAAAACGUAGCAAGGUGGCUGAACUGGUUAACUGGCUGCAGAAAGUGGGCAGUCCUCAAUCGAAAAUCACCAAAGCGGUCUUCACCAACGAGCGCAGCAUCACUCAUUCAAAUUUCGACAAAUUUAUCAUUAAACGUUAAAACGCCUGUAUUAGAAUAACUUUUUAGUCUUGA